AAAACUGCAAUCAUCGUUGAAAAACCUAGCGUGACCCUGAUGAAGGUCAAUAACAGUCACCCGUAAUUCGACCCUGAACGUGAACCCGAACUGGUCAGGUACUGUCCAGUCGCCGACCAGUCGUGUCCUCCUUCUCUUCUGGAAUAGCAAUCACCUUCCUCGAAGUGAGUCGUCCUCAGUUGCCGUGGGACACUGGCGAUAGCAACUCCCAGCCAGGGAUAUGUUCGUAACUCGUUCCUGACAGUGUCCGCGCGGCGGAUCCUUCAUCAACAGAGAGAAUCCUUUCUGUGGAACGUGUUCAACGUGUUUCGCACGGAUAAUAAACGCGGGCAGAAUUUGAUCGACGGAAAAUGAGGUUCUCCCCGUGCAUUGGAUUACUAGUGAUCCUGGCUCUGGCUUCAAGAAGUUGUCAAGCAAGUACUAUUGGUGAAAAGGUGAAAAACUUUUUUGGUAUUUUUGGUAACAAACCACCGUAUGCUGUAGAAGCACCUGGACCAUGUUACUGCAGCUGCGGCCUGCGAAACGAAGAAAGUCGAAUAGUUGGUGGUCAAACGACUCGUAUGAAUGAAUUCCCAUGGAUGGCCAGGCUUUCAUAUUUGAACAAAUUCUAUUGUGGUGGAACAUUAAUAAACGAUCGAUAUGUACUCACAGCAGCUCAUUGUGUCAAAGGUCCCAUUUUCAGGUUCAUGUGGUUCAUGAUCAAGGUCACAUUCGGUGAGCAUGACAGGUGCACCGAGAAAGGGGCAGAAACCAGAUACGUGGUGAGAGUGCUAACCGGUGAUUUCAGUUUCCUCAAUUUCGACAAUGAUAUUGCCCUGUUACGUCUUAACGAAAGAGUGCCCCUCAGCGAUACCAUAAGACCCAUAUGUCUGCCAUCAGUAAGAGAUAAGCAAUACAUCGGAUCGAAGGCAAUCGCGUCCGGCUGGGGUACGUUGUACGAGGAUGGUAAGCCUUCUUGCCUGCUGCAGGAAGUCGAGGUACCGGUUAUGAGCCUUCAGGAUUGCCGUAACACAAGCUACAAUCCACGCAUGAUUUCUGAUAACAUGAUGUGCGCAGGAUAUCCCGAUGGCCAGAAGGAUUCUUGUCAGGGUGAUAGUGGAGGACCACUCAUAACCGAACGCGAAGACAAGAAAUAUGAGCUUAUAGGUAUAGUAUCCUGGGGAAAUGGAUGUGCUCGGCCAGGAUAUCCUGGUGUUUAUACGAGAGUUACACGAUACAUAGACUGGAUCAUUUAUCAUUCUCGAGAGGGUUGUUUCUGUGAACAGAAUUAUACAAGACAAACCGACCGUUCAACCGGACCCAGUACCGUUUCGACAGCCGAGAGAAAAGCCAUGAAGCUGCAAAACUUCGUUAAAUAUCUCGUAUGCGGUCUUUUGUUGGUGUUCGCCACGAGAUCGAUUCGCUGUAUCGAGGUUGCUCCAUCCAAUAUAUUGCGGGAAACACGAGGCAUUUUGGACUUCCUGUUGGGCAGAUUCAAAACUUGUGGCAAUUGUCUUUGCGGGCGACCAAAUCGAUUUGGCGAAACACGAUUCCUCGGUGGAGAAUAUACAAAAGUUCACGAAUUUCCAUGGCUUGCGAAUAUUCACGUGAAAUCGAAAUUUCUCAGCGGAGUUCUGAUAAACGAUCGUUACGUUCUCUCUUCGGCCAGUCAAUUGAUUGGCGUAACGGCGGCGGAAGUAAAAGUAUCCCUUGGAGAAUACGAUCGAUGUAAUUUGGACGUGUCAUCGAGCACGAUCAGCGUUGAAUCGUUGAUUCUCUAUCCAGAGUAUAACAUGGAGUCUCAUGCUCAUAAUUUGGCAUUGAUUAAAUUAAGUCAAGCUGUAAAAUUCGAGAGAAGGCUAUCACCCAUUUGUUUACCAAAUCCAGGUUCGACUUAUCUUGGACAAGUUGGAACCUUGGUCGGAUGGACGGUGAAGAAUAUAGACGAUCAAAACAACAAUCAAACUUGUCGACCACGAAAAUUGGGAUUUCCAAUUUUGGGGCACGAGGAAUGUGUCAAAUCUGGAAUAAAUCCUAUGAAUUUUCACAAUGAUUCCGGUUGUGUUGGAGUAUUAGGUGGAAAUUCUAUUAUAUGCGAGAACGACGUGGGUUCCUCAGUACAAUAUCGUUCAUAUUUUGGAGUGUAUGAUCUAAUUGGUAUAAUUUCAGAUAUAAACAAGUGUGAUAAUAUUCCUGCAGUUUCGAUAUUCACAAGAGUUGGUCCACAUUUAAAUUGGAUAUUACAACAAACCAAUGAUGCUUGUUAUUGUUCAAAAUAAUAUUUUUAAUUAUUAUUUUUUUACAGUACUUGCACUUCAACAAGUUGCUUUACAUUGAAUUAUCAAAUGAUUCAUAAAUAAAUUUAUUUUUAUUAUUUUU